AUGUUAAUAAUAAAUAAAUUAUUAUAUAAAAAAACAAUAAAAAAAAAUAAAAAUAAUAAAAAAAAUAAUUUUUUAUUAAAUAAAUGCCCUCAAAAAAAAGGUAUUGUAUUAAAAAUAUUAAUUAAAACUCCUAAAAAACCAAAUUCAGCUUUAAGAAAAGUUGCAAAAAUAAAAUUAUCAAAUAAUAAAGAAUUAUUAGCAUAUAUUCCUGGGGAAGGAAAAUCUGUUCAAGAACAUAAUUUUGUAUUAAUAAAAGGUGGUAGGGUAAAAGAUUUACCAGGUAUAAAAUAUAAAAUAAUUAGAGGUUCUUUAGAUUCUAUAGGGGUUUUAAAUAGAAAAACUUCUAGAUCUAAAUAUGGAGUAAAAAAAAAAUAA